CCAUCCACGGCCCAUGUGAGCCGCGGGAUGGGGAAUGGGAACUCCCCGCCCCGCCUCCCGUCCCGUCCCGGGGUGAGUGAGCCCCGCACCACGGGAUGGGGAUCCCCUGCGGGUGCCUGACCCAGCGGCCAUAAAAGCGGCCGCGGGGCGCUGCGGUGGCUCAGAGCUGAGCCGAGCCCAGAUCCCAGCACCAGCCUCCGCCGCCAGCCCGGACCAUGAGCCGCCCGCGGAGCUUCGCCCCCGGCAGCGCCCUGCUGCUGCUGCUGCUGCUAGCGGCCUGCGCCGCGCUGUGCCGGGGUGCCCCCAUGGCCGGCGAGCUGCGGUGCCAGUGCCUGCAGACCGAGGCCGCGAUGAUCCAGCUCAAGCGCAUCGCCCACGUGGAGCUGAUCCCCGAGGGGCCCCACUGCGGGGUGCCAGAAGUCAUAGCCACCACGAAGCACGGCAACAAAGUCUGUCUGGAUCCCACCGCGCGCUGGGUCCGGCUGAUCGUCACCAAGAUCCUGAACAGUAAAUCUACCAAGCUGUGAGGGGAGCAGAGGAAAUGAACAAGCCACUAUAACAGAAACUACCUGUUUGUACACUGGGAAACCAGUGUGAGAGAGCAUGGGAACCUGAGGCUGGACAGCUCGCCAUGCUGAACUCUUCUUUUGAGGGUCUGAGAGACCAGCCUGCUCCAUUCAACUGCAACCUGUUCCACUGAGUUAUUGCAACCUGUGCUUAUUUGUGUAUUUAUUAAUACAUCUCUGUAGAGCUCUGCACAGCUAGGUAUUGUGUCAAGCCCUUUAGAUCUUCCUGAUCACCUGAAGGGAUAAUGCUGCAGCAGUGGCUCAAGAAAUGGCUUGUUGUUAAUCUAGUGCACAUUCCCAAUAGCCCAUCCCCCUCAGCUCCUCUGAGCAGCUCGAGAUGGACAGUACGGUGAAGCUGUGCCUUUCACACUGUGGCUGUGCAGGAUGCCUGCUGGCUUGUGAACAGGGGCGGCUCUAGCUUUUUGGCCGCCCCAAGCAGUCAUGCGCGGAAGGCGCCCCGGAGCCGCGGGAGCA